AUGAGCGAGCAGCAGCUGAACCUCUACGACCGGCUCAUCAACGAGCCCAGUAACGACUGGGACAUUUACUACUGGGCCACAGAAGCGAAGCCCACGCCGGCCGAAUUUGAGAACGACGUGAUGGCCAUGCUGAGGGAGUUCGCCAAGAACAAGAAGAGGGAGCAGAGG